AUGUCAAACGAACCAAAAAAAAGAAGAAAAUCAGAAAUAUUUUCAGAUGAAGAAGAGGAAGAUGACGAAUUAAAUAUAUCAACUGCUCCAGAAGAAGAUGAUGAAGAUGACGAUUCUGAUGAUGUUAGUGAUAUUGAAUUUGAUAAAAAAGUAAAUGGUGAAGAUUUAAACAUAAGCAAUAUUGGAACAACAAAUAAUGAAGAUGAAGAAAGUGAAGAAAUUAUAAUAACGAAAAAAAGAAGAAACUCAACCACUAAAAAGAUAACACCAAAGAAAAAGAAUAGAUCAAAUAUACUAGAUAAUGAGGACGAAGAGUUCCAUAUUUCAAAUAAUAAAAUUAAUGUUUCAAACGAUAGUUUUGAAGAAGAUGACGAAGAUGACGAUAAUGAAGAUGAACAACCAAAAAUUUUAAAAAGAAAACUCAAUGCAUCUGAUAUACUAAAUUUUUCAGGUGAUGAAAUUAAACUUGAAGAAAUAAAUCCAACCCAACUAACCACCACUAAUAAGAAUGAUGAUGAAAAUCAAGAUAUAGAAAUUAAAAAAGAAAAAUCAAAUGGUUCAAAGAAAUUGAAUAGUAAUAUAAACAAUAACAAUAGUAACAACAAUAGUAAUAACAAUAAUAAUAAUAAUAAUAAUAAUAAACCAAAAGUAUCUACACCACCAUCAUUAAAUACAAGUUUAACAAAACAAACUAGAAGUAAAUCAAAUAAUUCGCCUGUACAUCAACAAGAAGAGGUUAAUGAAGGUUUAUAUCAUUGUGAUUACUGUCAAAAAGAUAUUAGUGGGGUUGUUCGUAUUAGAUGUGCUAUAUGUCCAGAUUUUGAUUUAUGUUUAGAGUGUUUUAGCGUGGGUGUUGAAAUUACACCACAUAAAAAUGACCAUGACUAUCAAGUAAUCGACAACUUACACUUUCCAAUGUUUACUGAUGAUUGGGGCGCAGAUGAGGAAUUACUUCUAUUGGAAGCUAUCGAACUAUAUGGUUUAGGCAAUUGGAAUGAAGUUUCAGAGAAUGUAGGCUCUCAUUCAAAAUCAGCAUCAGAGUGUAAACAACAUUAUUUUACAUACUAUUUAAAUACAUCAACUUCACCUUUACCAAAUGUUUCGAAAUGUUUAACAACCAAAGAAACCCUACACCAAAAAAGAGCAAAACAAACUAUAAAUGUUGAUAAAAAUAAAAAAUAUGGUAGUAGAUCACACAACAAUGAUGAAGGACCCAGUGGCCCAGUAACAGAUUCGGUAGGCUACAUGACAAAUAGAAAACAUUUCGAGGUCGAAUAUGAUAACGAAGCAGAACUUGUAGUCAAGGAUUUAAUAUUUGAAAAUGACGACUCGCCAUCAGAUAGAGAAGUUAAAUUAAAAGUAUUGGAAUCCUAUGAUCAAAGACUAGAGGAGCGUAUUAGAAGAAGAAAGCUUAUUGUCGAAAAGGGGUUAUUAGAUUACAAAAAAACAGAAAGAAAGAGAUUUAAAGAAGAUAAAGAGAUAUUAAAUUCAUUGAAAUGUUUUUUACAGGCACUUUCAAAAGAAGAACACGAAACUUUAAUCAAAGGAUUCAUAGAUGAAAAGAAUAUAAAGAAUAGAAUAAUGCAGCUACAAGAGUAUCGUGAAAAUGGUAUCAAAACACUUACAGACGGUCAAAACUUUGAUGAAGAAAAACGUAAACGUGAAUUAGAUAAAUCAUCUGGUGUUUAUGGCUCUAAUGUCAAAAGAUCAAAGAGUGAAGGUGGUGGCGGUUUUGGUUUUGGCUUGGGCUCCACUUCUUCGUCAAGCUCAUCGAUAACCAACAAUAUGGGCUAUAUUGAUAAAUCAAGUAUUAAAACUCAGAAACAAGUAACCAAAGAAAAAGAAGACCAUUUCUUAGGAUUAACAAGCGAAAAAAAAUCUUCAACUAAGCUUAGAAAGAACGCCAAAACUGAAAUGGAGGGUUUACCAAACAGCGAUGCUCUUUCAUUAAAAGAAAAACAAAUUUGUUCCACUCAUCGUCUUCUACCGCAACAGUAUCUUCUUAUUAAGGAGGCUUUAAUUUCAGAGUCGCUUAAAAACCAAGGUAAAAUUAAACAAUCUGUAGCUAUUAAACUAGUUAAAAUUAAUCAACAAAAAGUGAUAAGACUUCUCGAGUUUUUUGAAAAAUCGGGUUGGUUACAAAUUAAAAAUGAUGAUAAAACAAAUUAA